CUCGGUGACUUCAGCUGAACAAUGGUUAACAUGAGCUAUCAGCAACCUCAACAGAAAUACAUACAUACCCCGAGUCCGAGAGAGACCAGAAAGCGACAUAAUAAAAGAAAAAGGAAUUUCUGGGACAAAAUAUCGCCAACAACACACAACCACACUUGAUUAAGAAGAAACGCUUUUAAGGUCUGCUGUGCUGGGUGUGGAAGCAUAUCGAAUCGUGUCUGUGCGUUAGCGGCUGAUUGGUGAGGAUGACUGCAGAGUGGCUGUACCCCCCUGGCGUAGGGCCGCUGUGUGGUGCAGAGUUGGAGGCGUGGUAUGAGGACCUGCAGGAUAUACUGGGCUCCGACGCAGGUGGGGCCAAGCACACACGCGCCCCGCCCUGCGCCGAGAAGGAGCCAGAGUUCCUGGACGUUCUGGAGAGCUGCUCCCUCACCUGGCUGACGGAGGGGCAGGUGUGGGGGGAGGGGGUGCAGCGUGUGAUGGAGGAGCAGCCGCCGCUCCCUGGCCACCCCCCGGCCUCCUGCCUCAGCCCUCCGCCUCAGGAGGAGCGUCGUGGGGCAGGAGAAGCGGGGAGCUCCGGUAGCGGUGGAGAUCUGCUGCCUCCGGAGUUCUUCGAGCUCUUGAGCGAGGGUGGAGUUGGGCUGGUGGAAACCGGGGCAGUAAUGGUCACCAGCGGCUAUCAUCAUCACCACCAGCACCCCCCACACCCCCCACCCGCCUCUCCGGCUGCCAGCGAGGAGGACCUGCCCACCGUUCCCGACUCAUCGUCCUGUUCCUCCUCAUCCUCGGCCUCUGAGUCGCCCUCCCUCAACUGCUCACCUCCGUCCUCCCCACCUACCCUCUCUUCACCAGCCUCUGCCUCGUCCGUCUCCUCCCAGCGCCUGGGCAAGCGGAAGAGGGGGAGCGCCCUGGCCUCACCUCCCUCGGGGAAGAAGAGCCGGAAGGAGAGGGAGCAGGAGAACGAGAGGAAGGUACAGGAGCUGACAGACCAGAACGAGCGGCUGAAGGCAGAGAUCGAGCGGCUCGGGGAAGAGGUGCAGCGGACGCGCCGAGCGCUCAUUGAGAGGCUCGUUAACACCAGGAAGUGAGGGAUGGAAAGCCAGAGAGAGAUUAGAUUGAAAAGAAGGAAGAAAUAACUAGUAACAGGUUCAGUGGUAACCAUGAAAUGCACAUUUAGAAAGGAGAGAAAGACAGGAAAAAGACAUGUGGGAAUUGGGGGGGAGAGAGGGAUUCGUUAAGAGUCUCCCCUAAGAAUGGAAGAGCGAGAGAGAGAAAGCGUGUUGAAGUCAGAUUUAGCCAUAGAAAGAUACUUGGACCCCAGAUUUGGAGUUGGAAGAAGCCUCAACUUCAGGCACCUUAUUUGUAAAUUAAUAAACAUUUUAAAUAAAAGUACCUGACUGUAGGUUUAAUCAUCUUUCCUUAAACAUUCGAGGUGCAACACCUUUCUCAUGAACUCGAAUGAAGACUGUAGAAGUAUGUGUAAUAAGACACAGACAGCUUAUAAGAUGGUAAUAGACUCCUGGGGUGGGUGUAACUGGCAAGUACAGCUAUGAUGAGGUUUUUGACCAAUCCUCUAAAAACGGUGCAUGUACUAAUUGUCUGUUUACCCUUAAUGGAAAAAAAAAAAAACGGAUUUUUAGAAGUGUAAAAUGGUUAAAGC